GCUGUGUGCAUUCGAAAUGCAAAUAUCAAAUGCGGGAGCACCAAAUGCGGUAAGAUUUUCUAACAUGUAACCCGAUGUCAGUGGGAGCUUUUGAAUCCUAGGUGUAGUAUAUUACUUGCGCAUCCCUUGCGCUUUCCGAAAUGUCAGACGACAAUCGAGAGCCGAAGGGCUCGAAAGCGAUUAUAAUAUAUUAGACAUCAGUCUAUUCAGAAACCUAGCUCAACACAGUCGUUUUAUAGAUAACCAAUCCUAAUCGAAAGAAGCUCUUUAUCUUUGGCCCAUAUUGAUCCGCGUCCGCCGUAGUAAGUCCGCCUAAGUCUUCCACUUUGAGUUUACAAAUACCGUACAUAAAAGUGACGACGAGGUAAAGCGGUAUCUUGUACGCGUGUGAGACGGAAAAGUGUGUGGGAGGUGUCGACAUUCACCAAUCGCCAGCGCGAACAUUACAUCUCCAACAGACAAGUGGUGACUGACGGAACGAACAACAUUGGAACGGAGAAACAAUAACGGCUCAUCCUGCGGUAGUGACCACGCCGGAUUCGACGAAAAACUGGGAGUUGUGAGUGUUCCUUGGCGCUACGAAAGUAGAGUGAUCAGCACAGCAAAAGUGCGACCUUCCUUUUACCACUUUGGAGCUCUUAAUACAACGCAUGGUGUUAAGAAACAGCCAGCUUGACGAUUGGCUCUUUAGAUAGCCGACAUUAUUUUCGCCUGAGAAACAGCUUGGCGCCAUUUGGUUACCCCAAGGUAGAGUGACGUUGGAAGUAUUAUAACGAGAGGUGAGUAUUCUCAAUUAGUUUGUUUAUGCAGAAGAGAUAGCAUAAGUCAGCUGGCACCGCUUAAGUUACGGGCGUGAAUCUAUUGAUUUUUAAUUCCAUAUAUUUGUCAUUUUUACCCUAUUUACAGGGAAAUAAACAGAUAUACCAUUGUAUGCCUUACAUAAGUCAGUUUUUUUUGUGGACAAGCUUUUUGUUUUUUACAGAUCAACUAUUGCAAAUGCGUAAUUCUGUUGUCCUGCUAUAUUUUAAAAUAAUGGCUGCCGCUAAUACAACCUUUUCUAUGGAACAAUAUCAUAAAGAAACGCCCUUUUACGAUGAAUUCACGCUGGCGAAACAUCUUAUUUGUGUAUACAAGAUAAAGGAGAAAGAAGAUGCCGUCUUUUUUAUUGCAAUGAAUAGAUCAGUUAUUACAACACAAACUAAAAUUUUACAUCCAACUGGUAAUUGUGUGAAAUCUUUUCUAGACGAAAUCGUCUCCAAUGAUGAGGACAUCAUACACGAUGUAGAUUUUUUACAAAGGUGCAAUGUUAGUUCAAAGGUACAUGCUCCAAACAAAUCGACGAAAAUUUUCGUUUUGGCGUUAGCAAGUCAAACCAAGUUUAAGGUUUUUGUGAGUUUUAAGCCAAUAUUUGGUAGUUAUAUUUCAAAUAUCGUAAACAAGUUUAGUCAAAGGCUUUUAAUGGAAAACAGAUUGCGUUGUGUAAAUACAGAAAAAAAUACCAUAUUUUGUGGAACAGUUAAAACAAAGGCCAGAUUAAGAAUUAAAGAGGAAGUUAUAAAAUUAACAAAGAGUGGACUUAAUGGUCAAUGGGGCGUCGAUAGCAAAAAGAAAUUAGUUGUUGAUAAUUUAGAGGUAAUAUAUUAUAUACAAGUCAAAUAUGUAAGUUGUGUUAACUAUUGUGUUGGAGUGAAACAUUUUUAUUUUGGAUUACAAAUAUUGAUAACAUGGCAGAGGCAAUGGCCCGAGUACUCUGAUUUGAUUGAAUGGUUCAGGUUGAUUAGGUGGUACAAAUUGAUUAUCGUUGCCAUUGGACAACAUACGGUAUUUUGGAAGUUAAUUGUGGACGCCCUAACUAACGCAUACAAAUCAACAAACAUAUUUGUGGUGGAAAUCAAUUUAAAUUUUGAUUUGAAGAUGUGUCACGAUUGUGUCAAUGUAGGACAUAAAGUGUCACUGUAUAUUAUUUUUCAAGAGAAAAUUUAUGUAAUUGAAUACGCCAAGUACCUAAAGGCAGUGAAUAUGGAGCAUUUGCCAAAUGUGGGUUUGAGGAAUUGUAGAUGGCUGGAUACAUCCAGGGUGUUACAAAUUGUUGAAAGUUUUAGAAAGAUAGGAUUGUAUUUUAUUGGAAACUCAACGUGGCAUUACAUAUUGUUCAACGGAACAGAAACUAAACAUAAUAUUGCAAUGACACAUCAAUUGAUGAGCAAUAGUUUUGCUAGAAAUUUGUUACUAUAUCUAGCUGAUUCACAUUUUUCUGUUGCGGCAGUACUUAUCAACAAUCUUCUGCUAAAAUGCACUGCAAUAAUUACUUUGGCUAAGGAGUCAAGUACAGCAGCAAAUACUUUGACAAGCACACAAUUGGCAUUGAUCAUUUUUGCAAACUCGGCUAGCCGAUUCAUAAUGGGCGCAUAUACAAAAUUGAAAAGUCAGAUCGUUUGUUUUUCUUUUAAUUUAGAAGGCGGUGCUUGUAAGUGCGAGCAUAUAUUACUAGACAGAGAUUUGUCUUACACCUUAAAGACAAUGUGUUUUGUAUACUUUACAAAACGAAAGACGAAUCGAAGCGGACUGUUUUACGGAUCAGAGACAAACAGUAGAAAAGUUAUUGAAGGUAGAAGCAGAUUUAUUUCUCAGAGAGGGGUGUGGUAUCAACACAAUUUUUAUCGGUAUGAUAGAUGGUUUCACCCUAGUAUGUUGUUUUCGUAUCAUAUCUUACAGAUAUUCACAAAUACCGUGGGCGUUAUGGCGCCGAUCUGGAUUCAGACCAUAACAAUUGGUAGGCGCAGGCCAACAGGUUCGAACACAGAGGGUGGACUGCUUAAGUCGGUGUUGGAGGUGAAGAAUGACUAUGCUGCUCUCGACAAACAGGCCACGGUCGAAAUAGGACUGGAGAAGGCUCCGAAGAAAGACAUGCAUCGAAAAGUUUUGGAUCCAACCAGUAUUCGAGGUGAACUUAUUGGUUCGAAUAAUCCAUGGAAAAUAAGAUGAUUGGAAAAUUUCAGUCAAAAUCGAAUAUUAGAUUUAGGGUUUUGUUUUGUUUUAUAUUUAGUACAAUUAAGAAUGUUUUGUAUUAUACUUAGUUACAAAUAACUUCGAAAAGGGGAAGAAUUGUAGUAUAUUACUUGCGCAUCCCUUGCGCUUUCCGAAAUGUCAGACGACAAUCGAGAGCCGAAGGGCUCGAAAGCGAUUAUAAUAUAUUAGACAUCAGUCUAUUCAGAAACCUAGCUCAACACAGUCGUUUUAUAGAUAACCAAUCCUAAUCGAAAGAAGCUCUUUAUCUUUGGCCCAUAUUGAUCCGCGUCCGCCGUAGUAAGUCCGCCUAAGUCUUCCACUUUGAGUUUACAAAUACCGUACAUA